CUCCAUCCACCAGAAACUCUUCCCACCUGCGAAUCUCUCCAAUUGCACCUCAACCACCCAAGAACAGACCAGAAAAAAAAAAGCCAAAGAACAAUGGCCGAUCAAGACCCUCGCACCCCGAUCCUCCUCCUCAAAACCCGCUCCACCCCGCACGACGGCUACGACGACUUCUUCACGAGCCAAAACUACAACCCCGCCUUCAUCCCCGUGCUGGAGCACCACUUCCAGACGACCAACCUCCAACGCGUCCACGACUUGCUCGUAUCCGGGGGCUUUCACGCGGGCCAUCCGAACCAGAAGUACGGCGGCAUCAUCUUCACAAGCCAACGCGCGGUGGAGGGGUUCGCCCACGUCCUCGAGGGCAUCGAUGAACCAGACCUAACCCCCCUCACGCUCCCCCUCUACACCGUCGGCCCCGCAACCCACCGCUCCCUCUCCGCCCUGACAACCACCUACCUCCCCAACGCGACCCUCCACGGCCAGGACACGGGCACCGGCGAGCUCCUCGCGCAGUUCAUCCUCUCGCAUUACCCUACGUACCCUUACCCUUGCCCUUACUCUUACACCACAGGCAACCCAGAUGCGAACACCCCAGCAGAUCCCCAGCCCCCGAACCAGACCCCGAACCCGAACCCCGCAAGAAAACCCCUCCUCUUCCUCGUCGGCGAACAGCGCCGCGACAUCAUCCCCAAGACGCUGAUGGACCCGGCGCGGCGGCCCGACGCCCGCAUCGCUGUGGAGGAGUUGGUGGUCUACGAGACCGGGGUGAUGGCCGGGUUUGAGGAGGCGUUUGGGGCGCGGAUUCGCGCGGAGCGGGAUGCGUUCCAGCGAAAACAGCAGCAGCAGCAGCAACAGGAAGACGACGAGAAAGUGGUCUGGACGGUGGUGUUUUCGCCGACGGGGUGUGAGGCUAUGGUGAGGGUUUUGGAGACGGUGGAUGCUUCUUCGUCAUCGUCGUCAUCGGCGGUUCUGGGUGGUGGGUUGGGGUUGCGGGGGGAGGAUGGGGAUUUGGACCACAAGGAUAACGGCAGGAGGUUCUUUGUGGCGACCAUUGGUCCGACGACCAGGGAUUAUCUCAGGAAUCGGGUCGGGUUCGAACCCGAUGUCUGUGCGGAGAAGCCUAGUCCCGAGGGGGUCGGGAGGGGGAUCCAGAAGUUUAUGGAGGAGUACAGGGCGGGGAAGAAACAGUCCAAAAACUGA